AUGUCUCGCGCGCGCAUUUUACGGCACGCGCUCACGACGCAGCCGCAGCCAAGUGGGGCAAGGAGCGCAUUCGUGCUGCCAUGCCGCAAACUUGUGAUCGAAUACUGCGAGAGUCAGGUUGGGAGCAAAGGCACACGCGACUACUUGCUGCAGCACGCAGCGAAUAUGGCGCGCACGUACUCGGGUGUCGAGUUUGUCGUUACACCGCGUCCACAGCGCCAGCCACUGGCGCGCAGCUUUUAUUUGAAUGGACGCUCGAAACAAGUAUCGCUGCAAAAUUUAGAAGCUACGCAGGUCGCGCCAAAGAUUCAGCAGCUGUUGGAUUCGAGCGGCACAAAGACAGAUGGCUUGAAACGCAAUCCCGUGCGCAGCACCGCAUCGUCUGCGCGUGGGAUUUGGAGCCCUUUGCACGACGAUCCCCAUACGCUCUAG